UGCAGCAAACAACAUUCGCUAAACAGCAGAGAAGUUGAAACUGCUGUAGCAGAGGCAUUAUCGAACGCAACAUGAGAGUUUACCACUUGCUGCUGAUUGGAAUCGGUUUGGUGGCCAUCGCCGGCGGUCGUGAGGCUCUGGCACAUCCACCCAGGUCCGAGGAGCCACCGUGUACUCCUCCUCCGCCGGAUCCGUGCACGACAACAACAUGUGCACCACCACCGCCUCCACCACCAUGCACAACAACAACAUGUGCACCACCACCGCCACCACCACCGCCACCACCACCAUGCACAACAACAACGUGUGCACCACCAGAGCCGCCACCGUGCAUAACAACAACAUGUCCACCACCACCGCCGCCACCGUGCAGGACAACCACAUGUCCACCACCACCACCACCACCGUGCACAAGGACACCACCACCACCCCCCUGCACCAGAACACCACCACCACCACCACCACCACCGUGCACAAGGACACCACCACCACCCCCCUGCACCAGGACACCACCACCACCCCCCUGCACCAGGACACCACCACCACCACCGUGCCACAAACCACCACCACCACCACCACCACCGUGCACCAAGACACCACCCUGCACCCCACCGUGCACCACGACUCCACCCUGCACCACAACCCCUUGCCCACCCGCGAGCGGUGAAGGGGCUAACAGCGGCAACAACAAUAAUACUGAAGAGAGCAUUAAACCGGUAAUAGAAGCCAAGGUGCUGAUCUCGCGCCACGAUUGCCGUGGCCAGGACGAUGGUGUGUUCCUCGCCGAUGUGCGCCACUGUCGCCGCUACUACGUGUGCAGCCGGCAGAGGUCGAAGCGCCAGAGCUGCCCCACCGGCUUCUGGUUCGAUCGCCAGCUGAAGGCCUGCCGCCUGGCCAGUCUGGUCAGCAACUGUGACGCCAUGCGCAAUUGAGGUGGUUAUGGUUAUCUAGCUGCCAGUGUGGCCAUGCGCACAUGCAACGCAAAUUGGCUUUUCAGAACUUUCCUUUUUUUUUCCCCCACUAUUUCAAAGAGUAUAUAGCAAAGCAAGUGUGAAUUAAUUAUAAACUAUUCCAAAGCAGUAAUGAAUAAUAUUUGAACGAUCAUACAAUAAAUAAGUGAGAGCAAUCAUAUGAGCAA